AAUUCGCUCAAACUUUCAAGAUUUUUUUCCGAGGCCCGGAGGGCCGAGUCUUAUAUACCAAUUGACUCAGCUCGACGAUUUGGGACAAUGUCUGUGUGUGUAUGCGUAACGGGCAAAUUCUCAUUCGUGUUUCUCAGCAAUGGCUGAACCGAUCUUAUCCAAACCAAUUUUAAAUGAAAGAACUAAAAAACAGUAAGAAAGCUUUUAAUUUGUUUUUGAUUCUGAUGUUUAUUUUCCAAGAUAUGAAUGUUUGAAUUCUUAAAAAUGGCGUUUUUUGCAGUUUUUUGAAUUAUCUGCCGAAAUUGACAAUAUAGAUUAACAAUUUAUAUGUUUUAGACAGUGUCGCAACUGCUCAUUGCGCCGCACCAUACAUCCAAACACAACGAUGGGGCACACCUAUAUUAAACAUCUUUCCCACGUCAUCGCCCCUUUAUUUAGGACGCCGCUGGCGCAAGUAUGAACGAGGAGAGGUAGAUAAAACGUCAGUGAGGGUGAAGAAGAGAUAAAAGAAGUAAACAGAUCGUGAAGUUAACAUUUCUAAACCUAAACCUAAAAUUACUUAUGAGCUAGUUAAAAUUCUUAAUCUACAAUUGUAUAACGCUAAUUAAAAACCUAAAUUGGAUGCUCUGCCUGAAAUUGUAAGUAGAAGGCAGCUACUAGUAGUUAUAAAUAAUACGGAAAUUUUUGGCUUCAGAAUCACAGUUCAGUUAAUACAUGCGGUACUGCAUUCAUCCCUAAACUUAAAUAGAGCAGUUCGUACAAGUCCUUAAUUGACACUUAGUUGCUAUCUUAAUAUCUACGGAAACAAGCAAACUAAAUCAAACGAUCAAGCGAGCGUUCGAAAAAAGGUAAAUUGUAGUUAAAAAUUAUGUAAAUGUAAUUCUAACCUAAAAAACUAAAAACCUUAGCUUACCCACCACCGAUCUACGAACUAAACGUAAAGGAGAACAAACACAGAAGAGACACUAAACGUAAGUCGAUAUAUUUCAUGCAAAUUUAUGUAUAAAAUAAGACAAUCACACACACUGAAAAAUUAUCAUGUACAACAUAAAACACAUAUUCUUCCCCUUUUGAAUAGGGAUUUUUUAAUCGUCGCGCAGUUAUCGUCGCUGAGUGCGCUGAAAUACAGCUGAAAUACACGUCGUUUCAAGAAAUCGGAAAUCAGUUACUUUAUUCGUUGCAAAUUGCAACAUUUUAAAAAAUCCGUUUAGUUCGCGAUCGGGGAGGCUUCAACAAUGUCCAAGAAGGGGCGAGAAAAUGUGCUGAAACCGGGUGUGAGUUGUGGUGUGUGCAAUGAUCCGGACGACAGUCGGAUGGUAUGCUGCGACGACUGCGGUAGAUGGUUCCAUUUUGGAUGCGUGGGCGUUGACGAAGGGAUCGAGGAAGUCGACUGGAAUUGUUCAUCGUGCGAAAAAAGGCGGACAGCUCAGGUCACUCCGACCCUUUUAACGGUUCCAGUGCCAGGAGGAACAAAUCAACAGACGGAAGGCACCCAAGAGCAGCAAAAGAAGUUAGUCUUGGAAUUUCGGAAGCAAAUGGCAGAUAUGGAACGUAGGUUCGACGAACAGCAGCAGACAUAUGAGAAAAUGCUUCAGGAGAAGGAUCGCGAGUUGAAGAAUGCGGUUAAUGAUUUGCAGCACCAGUUCCAACGCCGCCUGGAGAAGAAAGAGCAACAAGUUCGAGAUGAGUUGUUUGCCCCGCCGGCUGUGCCGCCACCUAGUGCGAAUUCCACUACGCUAGGAAAUGAGAAACGCGUGGCGACGGAUAUGUGUCAGGUGCUCGAGCGAAUGGACAAACGGCUUCAGGAGAUGGCGAAAAAGCAGAGUCUAGAUACGAAGCGUCUUGAAGGAAGAUUAAGAGCGAUGGAAAUCAGCACUCGUGACCAAAUGCAGAGAAAUAGCAGUGGUUUGAACGUCGAUGCGGAUCCAUUCGAGCAGAAUCAUCAUUCUGACGUUCCAUCAGAAGCACCGUCUCACGAACUAAGUAGAAGUCAGCUUGCAGCGAGGCAUGCAGUGGCAAAGGAACUGCCCAUCUUUACUGGCAAUCCUGAGGAGUGGCCUCUGUUUAUCGCCACUUAUGAAAGCACCACCAAGAUGUGCGGUUUUAGUGACGAAGAAAAUCUGCUCAGACUUCAGCGAUCUUUAAAAGAUAAAGCUCUCGAGGUGGUAAGAAGCCGAUUGCUAUAUCCAGCUGGGCUUGAAGGUGUUAUUCAUACGCUACGUACGCUAUUCGGUCGUCCAGAGAUUAUCGUACACUCGCUAGUGUGCAAAAUUCGGGAGAUGCCUGCACCGAAGACGGAGAAAUUGGAAACUCUGAUUGAUUUCGGUGUCGCAGUCCAGAACAUGUGUGCAACGAUAGUGGCUUGUGGAUUGAACGAGCAUCUGUGCAAUGUAGCACUUCUCCAAGAGCUUGUUGAAAGAUUACCACCAACCAUUAGGCUCGAUUGGGCGAAACACCGACAACCUUUACAAGGAAUCACACUGUCAGACUUCAGUACCUGGUUGGGUACGCUUGUGGAAGCAGCAUGUGUAGUUACGGUUCCGUCGUCAAUUAGUAUAUACACCGGCAAACCAGAGAAGCGUAGUCGAAAGGAAGAGGUCCACGUUCAUCUCGAAACCAGUUCUGGUCAGGCAUCGAGCUCAAUAGAGUCGAUGGUUCCGCGGCCUGGAAUUUUUGUGGAUGUCGAGAAAUCAGUGGCCUGUCACAAUGUCGCCAAUCGGACAAACUGAAGAAGAAAAGCGUCUACAUGUGCUCCAUCACUCUGUACAGCGUUCUCUAUUUCGGUGGGAAGAUUUCUCCAAGUGGAAUAAGUUGAUGCGUGUCGUAGCGUUUGUUAAAAGAUAUCCAGCGAAUCUCAUCAGGAAACUGGCAGGAAAGCCCAUUGCCACUGGUCCACUGACUCAACUGGAGCUUAAGGAGGCAGAGCUGUUUAUUCUGAAGCAAGCGCAAGAUGCUGAGUUUGCUGCAGACAUAGAGCGACUGAAGAAACCGAACCCUGCGCCGUGGAAACGAGUGAUACCAAAGAGUAGCACUCUAUACGGUCUCAGUCCCACGCUGGAUGAAGAUGGACUGCUGCGAAUGAAAGGUCGUAUAGACGCUUGCGAAUUUGCAGAGGAGUGUACCAAGCGCCCGAUACUGCUGCCGAAACGUCACCCAAUAACAGAUCUCAUCAUCAUGAGCAUCCAUCAGCAAUAUUGCCACAUAAAUCACCAAACCGUGCUCAACGAAGUGCGCCGUAGAUUCUACGUACCUCAGCUCCGUUCUGUGUACCGUCAGGUACGAAAUCACUGUCAACUCUGCAAGAACCGUCAAGCGAAGCCGGCUGCACCAGAAAUGUCUGCUCUUCCGCCUACGCGAUUGAAGGCCUUCUGUCGUCCGUUCUCUUAUGUCGGCAUCGAUUACUUUGGGCCAAUGUCCGUAGUUGUCGGCCGGAGGACUGAAAAACGGUGGGGUGUGUUAAUCACCUGCCUGACCGUACGAGCAAUACAUCUAGAGGUGGCUCACAGCCUUACAACUGACUCGUGCAUUCUCGCUAUCAGAAACUUCAUUGCCAGAAGAGGAACUCCGGUAGAAAUAUUCAGCGACCGCGGAACCAACUUUAUCGGUGCUAGCCGAGAACUUAAAGAAGCGCUGCAGCAAGUAAAUCAGGACCAAAUGAUGAAACAUUUCGUCACCACCGAAACAAAGUGGUCGUUCAAUCCUCCCGCAUCUCCGCACUUCGGUGGAGCUUGGGAACGCCUUGUUCAAACCGUUAAAAAGGCCCUCAAGCACACCCACCGAUGAGAUACUGAGGAAUAUGCUAAGUGAGGUCGAAUUAAUCGUUAACUCUCGACCGCUGCUAGAAUUGCCGCAAGACGACGAACUGUCAUCUGCGCUAACCCCGAAUCAUUUUCUGCUCGGGUCAUCAGACGGUUCUAAGCCCCCGAUCGCGUUCGACGACAGUAGCUAUGCACUGAAACAAAGUUGGAAGAUGUCGCAGGUUUACGCUAACAGAUUCUGGCGACGUUGGGUUGCUGAAUAUCUACCAUCCCUGACCCGAAGGACGAAAUGGUUUCAACGUGUUAAACCUGUGGCUGAAAGAGACAUUGUUGUUAUGGUGGAUGAAACCUUACCGAGAAACUGCUGGCCGAAAGGUCGAGUGAUUCGUGCAAUCCAGUCCAAGGACGGACAGGUUCGUAGAGCUCUCGUGCAGACCACUACUGGAGUCCUGGAGAGACCAGCAGUGAAGCUCGCAGUUUUGGACGUUGGUGCAACCGUAAGUACAUCGAAUCAGUGAUCUCGAAGUACUGGGGGGGAGUGUCGCAACUGCUCAUUGCGCCGCACCAUACAUCCAAACACAACGAUGGGGCACACCUAUAUUAAACAUCUUUCCCACGUCAUCGCCCCUUUAUUUAGGACGCCGCUGGCGCAAGUAUGGACGAGGAGAGGUAGAUAAAACGUCAGUGAGGGUGAAGAAGAGAUAAAAGAAGUAAACAGAUCGUGAAGUUAACAUUUCUAAACCUAAACCUAAAAUUACUUAUGAGCUAGUUAAAAUUCUUAAUCUACAAGUGUAUAACGCUAAUUAAAAACCUAAAUUGGAUGCUCUGCCUGAAAUUGUAAGUAGAAGGCAGCUACUAGUAGUUAUAAAUAAUACGGAAAUUUUUGGCUUCAGAAUCACAGUUCAGUUAGUACAUGCGGUACUGAAUUCAUCCCUAAACUUAAAUAGAGCAGUUCGUACAAGUCCUUAAUUGACACUUAAUUGCUAUCUUAAUAUCUACGGAAACAAGCAAACUAAAUCAAACGAUCAAGCGAGCGUUCGAAAAAAGCUUACCCACCACCGAUCUACGAACUAAACGUAAAGGAGAACAAACACAGAAGAGACACUAAACGUAAGUCGAUAUAUUUCAUGCAAAUUUAUGUAUAAAAUAAGACAAUCACACACACUGAAAAAUUAUCAUGUACAACAUAAAACACAUAUUCUUCCCCUUUUGAAUAGGGAUUUUUUAAUCGUCGCGCAGUUAUCGUCGCUGAGUGCGCUGAAAUACAGCUGAAAUACACGUCGUUUCAAGAAAUCGGAAAUCAGUUACUUUAUUCGUUGCAAAUUGCAACAGACAGCUUUAACGAAUACCUUUCGAAGCUAUAGAUUGUUGAAAUCGGACUAUUAUCAAAAGAGAUAUUUAACAUUAAAUGCGGACGAAAGAUUUUUAUCAUUUCCCAUUAACAGAAAUAUGACCAAAAACAUGUAAUCUAUUAUUAACGCCAAAACGGCUUUUUUUAGGUCAAUAGUAUCUUUAGAGAAUAUAAUGGAGGCAAUACGCCCUUUCUUUUGGUAUUGUGCUUUUGCUGAUUAAUCAUCCCCCUAUG